CACACACACACACAAACCACUGGAAAAUAGUUCUUGUGACGUACAAAGACAAGCAAACGGUGGGUCAUACCUCCAACUCCUGUACACACACACACACACACACACACACACACACACUAGCACACACACACACACACACAUACUAGCACAUACACACCCCUACACACACACACACACACACACACACGUCUGCCCCAAGGAUGCUAUGUCCGAGGAAGAAGAGGCCGACCAAGGACGAGGACUUCACGGCGAUCGCGGUGCCGUCGAUGAAGGGCCACGGUUACCUUGACUACAACAUCGAGAGCCACCCCUCCCGCGCCAUGACCAUCAUGGACGAGUUCCGACGACACGACAUGCUGUGCGACCUCGUACUCCACGUCACCUACAAGGACAAGGUCGUCGACUUCAAGGUCCAUAAGCUGGUGUUGGCGGCCUGCAGCCCCUACUUCAAGGCCAUGUUCACCAGUAACUUCCGGGAGUGCCACGCGUCCGAGGUGACGUUGCGGGACGUGUGUCCGCAGGUCAUAGGUCGUCUGAUCGACUUUGCCUACACCUCGCGCAUCACCGUGGGGGAGAAGUGCGUCCUGCACUUACUGCUCGCGGCCAUGCGGUUCCAGGUGGAGGACGUGGCGAAGGCCUGCUGUGACUUCCUGGUUAAGAACUUAGAGUCCUCCAAUGUGAUCGGCAUCUCCCGCUUCGCUGAGGAGAUCGGAUGCACGGAGCUGCACAAGCACUGCAGAGAGUACAUCAACACACACUUUAGCGAGGUGACUAAGGUGGAGGAGUUCUUCAGCCUGAGCCACUGCCAGCUGCUGGAGCUGAUCAGCCAGGACAGCCUGAAGGUGCUGUGCGAAGUGGAGGUGUAUGAGGCGUGUAUCGAGUGGGUCCACUCGGACGUGGAGAACCGUGCGCAGUACUUCCACGCGCUGCUGAAGGCGGUCCACAUCUACGCGCUGCCGGCCAAGUUCCUGAAGAAGCAGCUGCAGCACUGCCCCAUCCUCAGCAAGGCCAACUCAUGCAAGGACUUCCUCUCCAAGAUCUUCCAGGAGAUGUCGCUGCGGAAACCGUUGCCACCGACGCCGCAGCGAGGCACGCAGCUGAUCUACGUCGCCGGGGGCUACCGGCAGCAGUCGCUUGCGUCCAUGGAGGCCUUCGACCCGGCGCGGGGGGCGUGGCUAAAGCUGGCGGACAUGCCAGCGCCGUGCAGCGGGCUCGGGGCAUGCGUGCUGUUCGGCCUGCUGUACACGGUGGGCGGUCGCAACCUGUCCAUGCAGAACAACAGCGAGUCGGCCGCGCUGAGCUGCUACAACCCCAUGACCAAUCAGUGGAGCGAGCACGCCUCCCUCAACACGCCCCGGAACCGCGUCGGCGUCGGGGUCAUCGACGGGAGCAUGUAUGCGGUCGGCGGGUCGCACGGCGACAGCCAUCUUAACACGGUGGAGAGGUACGACCCCGAGACCAACCGCUGGACGUUCGUGGCCCCCAUGUCGGUGUCUCGGCUGGGGGCCGGGGUAGCCUCGUGCGGGGCUUCCCUGUACGUGGUGGGGGGCUUCGACGGCGAGAACCGGUGGAACACGGCGGAGCGCUACCACCCCGACACCAACACCUGGCAACAGCUGUCCCCCAUGCACUCCGUACGCAGCGGGCUGGGUGUGGUGUGUUUGGACUCGCACCUGUAUGCGAUCGGGGGCUACGACGGGCGCGGUCAGCUGUGCAGUGUGGAGCGCUACAGCGUGGCGAGGGACGCCUGGGAACCCAUGGCACCCAUGAAGCACUGCCGCAGCGCACACGGAGUCACCGUCUACCAGGGCAAGAUAUUCGCACUAGGUGGGUUCAACCAGGCGGGGUUCCUAUCCAGCGUGGAGUGCUACUGUCCGGAGAACAACGAGUGGACCUACAUAACGGACAUGUCCAUCGGCCGCAGUGGGAUGGGUGUUUCUGUUACCAUGGAGCCUUGUCCUGGCAACAUUCCGGAACAGGAGGAGGAAACAUGAUGUCGAUGGUGAACGUGAUCAGGGACGCUGACAGCCUUGAUUGGGCCCUGGAUGAAAUAAUCUGAAAGGGCCCCCCACCCCAUGUAAUGAGGACCAAAUUAUGGGCCCCCCGCUAUUUCCCUGGGCCUGGGACAGCUUUGGCUGGGCCCAGGACAAAAUCAUCUGUAACGGCCUCUGACACUCAAUACAUACCAUGUAAUGGGGUCCCAAUCCUGGGGCCCUCCUCUCCCUGGGCCCUGGGACAACUGCCCUGAUAACUUGCUGAACGUGAUCAGGGCCGUCGACAGAUUUGGUUGGGCCUGGGGACAAAUUAUCUGAAAAGCCCCACCCUACCCAAAACCAUACAAUGUAAUGGGGUCCCAAUCCUGGGGCCCUCCUUUCCCUGGGCCCUGGGACAACUGCCCUGAUAACUUGCUGAACGUGAUCAGGGCCGGCGACAGAUUUGGUUGGGCCUGGGGACAAAUUAUCUGAAAAGCCCCACCCUACCCAAAACCAUACAAUGUAAUGGGGUCCCAAUCCUGGGGCCCUCCUUUCCCUGGGCCCUGGGACAACUGCCCUGAUAACUCGCUGAGGGACAUAUGACGUUUGAGUUGGAACCCUACUGAACACAUCAUCCCUCAGCUUGAAGGUGGCCGAAGACAAAAUCAUCUGAAACGGCCGCUGACACUCAAUACAUACAAUGUAAUGGGGUCCCAAUUCUAGGAUCCCAAUUUUGGGCCCCCCAAUUUCCCUGGGCGUGGUAACCAUCUGAGGGGCAUAUGAUGUUUGAAUUGGACCUCUACUGUACGCAUCAUCCCUCAGCUCGAAGGUGCAUCACAGUGGGACAAACUUCAAUAUAAGAGAGAAAGCUGGAGCAGACUGCAGCUCAAAGUUCUCAUCAAUUAUGUGGUGCAAAUAUCUGACAAAUGUUUCAAUGUUUACAACUCGUCCAACUAACAGUUCGCUGUUUUACAGUAUCUUGAAAAGGAUGUUGUGAACAUCGAGAAGGUAGUUGGGUGUUUGGAUGUUGACGCUGUGGAACAAGCUAACCUGCUGAUUGAACUCUAGGAGUUGGGGUCUCCUGCCCUUUGACCCUUACGUAUCCAUGGAGACUACUACUGGAAUGUCUGGAAUGCUGUGCCUUCAAUUAUUAUUAUUGUUGUUAUUAUUGUUGUUUAUUUUUAUUACAAUUUUGUAAUAAUGUCAACUUCCAUUGCUGUUUGUUUGCACGUCCUAAUGCCACUUAAUUGCCUCAGUAUUCACAUUGUUGCUGUUUCAUACACUGAACGAGAGGUCUGAUGAUGGACCAACAAAAAAGGUUGCUGUAACAUUAGCUUCAGGCAGGCACAUACAGGUUAUGCCUGUUUUUGAGUUGGCCGGCCCAAGCUGAAAUCCUAAUCCAGGUUUGACAAUACAGUUUUUCUCUCUUUGUUUAGAUAGGCUCAAAUUAAAUGUAGGCUACUUUUGGCAUGUAGGCAUGACUGGGAAUGCCUUGGCAAGUUUGUCCAAAAUCUGCAAUACAAUUAACAGUUGAGAAUUUGGUCAAUCACCUUUACGGGGGGAAAAAAAGAAAUGUUGGCCUCUGUGCCGCAAUGUGAAUGCCCUCCUUUGCAUUGCUUAAAGUCCCAUGCAGAAUAAAGAGAUGCCGUGUUGGUGUUCUGUCAAGAUGGACCGCUUCAUCGAGAUGAGCUACCUCGUUAGUUUGUAAACUGCGGUAGCUCAAUUCGAUGGGCAAUCACCCGCGAAAAUUGCUGCAUGGGGGGUGCGCAUGCGCACGCAUGCUCAGUAGCCGGAAGGAGCUCAUCUCGACAGGGAGUCCAUAUUGACAGGACAGCGGUACCCUCUGCCUGACGUAGGGAGUGGUUGCCAUGGUGGCAUGUCCUAACGCUAAUGACACUCAGGGCAGCUUUUUGUGGAAUGUUGCCGGGCAACAUCAUGAUUGGCUCUUAUUAUUCUGAUGGCAUGUUCGAAAAAAUGUCUGCUGCUAAUACAAGUUCUCCUGAUAUAAAAUGUUUUAAACAUUAUUUUAUGGUUUUGUUGCCAACACACGUUGUUCAAAAAGUUGCCCUGUGUAUCCUCAUCACCCGUGUGUAUCAAGACCUGGCGUAAGGACAGUUGUCAUUGACAGUCAAUCAUUGGUGCCAUCAAUCAACACAUUGUGACAGGGUUUUUUUUUCCAACUUUUGCCGUAGAGCGAUGAAUAUGAAUAGCCUUUUAUUGUAUUUUUGUAUUCCUGUCUGCCAUAAGGUCUCUGUGCUUGCUAUCCACUCACUCUCUUGUUCAUGUCUGUUUUUUAUUUUACAGUACAAUUACUGCAAAGCUACUUCAUAAAUGAAUACACAAGUUAUGUAUUUCCCAUUGCGUUAAUCUCAGACACAUAACAAAAGGCAAAGGAUUCAGCGUGUCUUCAAGAAAGCAGUACAUAAGCAGACAGUGGCCUCGUUUACAGGAUGUUUUUCAUUCCGAAUUAAUAAUUCAGAAUUGAAUAGUUCCGUGGAGUUUACAUUGCACUGUCAUUUCAUUCCGAAUUGUGAAGUGUUAACAUGAUGUUUACGAGGCGGAAUUAAGUUUUAUUCAGAAUUAUAUUGUGUUGAUUCAGAAUUAAAUACCCCUUGUAACCGAGGCCAGUAGAUCUUUCAAAGUAUUUCAUUGUUUCUAUGGACCAAUGUUGUUCACACAAAACCCUGAAAGAGGGCUGAAUCUACUGAUUUGAUUUUGUUUUUGAUGAACCUGACAAGAUAAUUACCUCAUGUGAAGUGAAUACCUGUACAUGUACACUGGAGUUGAAUAUUUUUGUUUCAAUUAAAAAUAAUUGAGAAACAUGCAA